AUGUCGGAUGUUGCUGGCAAGGGGACAUUCAAGCCAGAUGAGAAGCACCACCAGCGUGGGGAUUUUCCAGUUCUAAAUCUUGGUGUCACCUUUGGACCUGGCAGCCAAACCCCUGCCAACUUGAAUGCUGGUAGCCACGAUUGUGCUGCUGCAGAGCUCCUCCAGAAUCCGCAUGUCAUCUGCAUGGCAACAUUUGCAAGUGGUGAGCGAGGUCUCAUAGUGCUGCUCUCAAAAUCAGUAACAACAUGCAUUCUGACAGCAUCCUUUGCUCUUUGGUUUCCUCGCACAUACCGCUGGUGCAAGAGCUGCCUCGACAGACUCUGGGAGAGAUCAGCCCAUCUGUGUCGGAAUUUCAAGAAAAGUAUCUUCAUGGCCCCAGGCUCAUUGAUCUUAAUACCCUCAGCCAUUAUCCACUCCAACCUGCCCGUGAGAGAAGGUGAAUUCUGUGCAUCAUCUACUCGAUUUUGUGCUGGAAACCUCUUUCAGUACAUUGACAAUGGAUUCUGGACUGAGAAGCAGUUUGCGAAGGAGGACCCAUUUGGAUUUCAACAGAUGUGCACUGAAAGCAACUAG